CAGGUAUCUUGAGCUGAAACAUCCUUACAGUGUGAUGGAUUUUCCCAUUUGCCACCACAGAGGUAGCUAACGCUUUACCAGGGAGCAGGAGGCAGCCACCAUGGUCGCUUUGCAGCCCCUGGCGCAGGGCACGGUCCUGGCCCUCCUCGUGCUCCAGGCCGCUGCCUCGGGCCGCUUCAYRGCRGCUGUGUACGAGCACGCGGUGAUCCUGCCAGCSCUYRCCGUGGCRCCUCCCUCUCCCGAGGAUGCGCUGGCACUCAUGAACAAGAACAUGGACGUCUUGGAGAAGGCCAUCAAGGAAGCCGCCCAGCAGGGUGCCCACAUCAUCGUGACUCCUGAAGACGGCAUUUACGGCUGGCGUUUCACCAGGGAAACCAUCUACCCCUACCUGGAGGAUAUUCCUGACCCGGAGGUCAACUGGAUUCCCUGCACGGAUCCCAAGAGAUUUGCUCCUGCUCCAGUGCUGGAACGACUCAGCUGCAUGGCRAGGAAUAACUCUAUCUAUGUGGCCGCAAACAUUGGCGACAAGAAGUUGUGUGACUCCAGUGACCCCAGCUGCCCCAGUGAUGGUCGCUAUCAGUACAACACGGAUGUUGUCUUUGACUCRGAAGGGAAAUUAGUAGCACGUUAUCAUAAGUAUAACCUCUUUAGAGGAGAAACUCAAUUUAAUUUCCCUAAAGAGCCAGAAACUGUCACUUUUGAGACACCCUUUGGGAAGUUUGGCAUCUUCACUUGCUUCGACAUACUUUUCCAUGACCCUGCGGUGGUUCUGGUGAAUGAGUUACAGGUGGACACUGUGUUGUUCCCAACUGCCUGGAUGAAUGUCUUGCCCUUUCUGACUGCUGUUGAAUUUCACUCUGCCUGGGCUAUGGGCAUGGGUGUCAAUUUGCUUUCUGCAAAUACACACAACAUCGGCAUGGCAAUGACAGGAAGUGGGAUCUUCACACCAGAAGGCCCUGUAGCAUAUCACUAUGACACAGAAACUGAGGAGGGUCAUCUCCUGAUAGCAGAGCUGAGCUCGCGCCCUCAUCUUUCUCCUAUGUACACUCUUGCUGUCAACUGGAGCUGGUAUGCUACAAGCAUCAAAAAAAUUCCAGAAGAACAAAACACUUUUACUGGAGCCGUCCGGCGUGAUGUAUUCACUUUCACUGAACUCACACACAAAACAGGAAAUUAUACUGUUUGUCAGAAAGACCUCUGCUGUCAUUUGAGCUAUAGGAUGUCAGACAAGAGUAAAGAUGAAGUUUAUGUGCUGGGUGCAUUUGAUGGUCUUCAUGGUUCUGUCAUAAAAUACCACUGGCAGAUCUGCACACUGCUGAAGUGUAAAAGCACAGACCAGAAAAGCUGUGGGCAGCCAGUGGAGACUGCUCAGACCAAGUUUGACAUGUUCUCCCUGAGCGGCACGUUUGGCACAAAAUACGUCUUCCCAGAGGUCCUGUACAGUGGGGUUCAGCUGGCCCCUGGAGAAUUUGAGGUGCUGCGUGAUGGACGACUGAAAAGUAAGCAUAGCCCAUCGAAACCACUCUUAACAGUGACCCUUUUUGGAAGGCAUUAUGAAAAGGAUCCACCACAUCCACUGCGAACUUCCCUAUGAUGUAACUACUUAAUUUUUCAGCAGUUAUAAUAAGCAUUUCCUAUCAUAAGCCAUCUGGCCAUGAGCAGUGGCAGAUCCUCUGUGUUAUUCCUGUUCUGCAACCUUACAUUUGUUCAUAGCAGUUGCAGUUUACUUAGUUCGAGUUUACUUAAGAGAAAGCAAUGUGAUUGCCAUCUUUUGUGUACCUAUAACAAUGGUACACAUUUUUCAACAGUGAUUGAGCCAGCAUAAUUAUUUUUAACAGUGUAGAAAUGC